GUUUUAUGCAACCCUCAGAACCAAAUAAACUUUAAGUAAGGAUUAGAAGUUACAUAAACAAAGAUCUCUUUAUUCGCCUGCCUGUUUUCCCAAGGCACAGGAGCCUACACUCUGCAGUGUGUCUUCCUGCCAGUCUCUGGGUAGUUACUUUUGACAGCAUCAAUGAACUUAUAGACCAGAAGCAACUGUCAAUGGAAUUGGAGAGGAAUGCUCAGACAGUCAAGUGUGGCUCUACCUAGGUGAGUUUCUGCAGCCGACAAAUGAGUGAAGACACAUCCCGAAUGUGGGCAGCUUCAUUCUACUGACCGUACCACAGAACAGAAUAGAGCAAGAGCAAGUCAGAAGGCCUGUUUGGAAAACCUUUGUUUUGCCUGAAAAGCCCUCACACCUUGUGAAAGCACCACUGAGUCACCGGCACGGCCGGGGUUUUCUACUUCAGAGUAAGACUGUUUAAAGAGUAGACAUCUGGAAACAAUCAGAAGAACAAUAUGGGAGAAACAGAGAAAAGGGUUGCAACCCAUGAGGUCAGAUGCUUUUCCAAGAUCAAGAUGUUUCUGUUGGCAUUAACAUGGGCAUAUGUAUCCAAAUCACUAUCAGGAAUUUAUAUGAAUACCAUGCUUACACAAAUAGAGAGACAAUUUGAUAUCCCCACAUCUAUAGUUGGAUUCAUUAAUGGGAGCUUUGAGAUUGGAAAUCUUUUGUUGAUUAUAUUCGUGAGUUAUUUUGGAACAAAACUGCACAGACCUAUCAUGAUUGGUGUUGGAUGUGUGAUUAUGGGCCUGGGGUGUUUCUUAAUGUCAUUACCUCAUUUCCUCAUGGGCAGAUACGAAUAUGAAACAACGAUUUCACCUACAAGCAACUUGUCCUCAAACAGCUUCUUGUGUAUGGAGAACAGAUCCCAGACCUUAAAGCCAACGCAAGACCCAGCAGAGUGUAUAAAAGAAAUGAAAUCAUUAAUGUGGAUAUAUGUACUGGUAGGAAACAUUAUACGUGGAAUUGGUGAAACUCCCAUCAUGCCCUUGGGUAUUUCCUACAUUGAAGACUUUGCCAAAUCGGAAAACUCUCCUUUAUACAUUGGGAUUUUAGAAACAGGAAAGGUCUUUGGCCCAAUAGUUGGACUUUUGUUGGGAUCCUUCUGUGCAAGCAUUUAUGUAGACACAGGGUCUGUGAAUACAGAUGACCUGACCAUAACUCCCACUGAUACCCGCUGGGUUGGUGCUUGGUGGAUCGGCUUUUUGAUCUGUGCGGGAGUGAAUAUCCUGUCUAGCAUCCCUUUUUUCUUCUUUCCCAAAACGCUCCCAAAGGAAGGGUUGCAGGAUGAUGUGGAUGGAACUAACAAUGACAAGGAGGAGAAACACAGAGAAAAAGCCAAAGAGGAAAACCGAGGAAUCACUAAAGAUUUCUUGCCAUUCAUGAAGAGCCUCUCCUGCAAUCCGAUUUACAUGCUUCUCAUCCUUACAAGUGUGCUCCAGAUAAAUGCAUUUAUUAAUAUGUUUACCUUCUUGCCCAAAUACCUGGAACAGCAAUAUGGGAAAUCCACUGCAGAGGUGGUCCUUCUCAUAGGUGUUUAUAACUUACCUCCAAUAUGCAUUGGAUAUUUACUUAUUGGCUUUAUUAUGAAGAAGUUCAAGAUUACUGUCAAGAAAGCUGCAUACAUGGCGUUCUGCCUCUCCCUGUUUGAGUACCUUCUGUAUUUCUUGCACUUUAUGAUAACCUGCGAUAACUUCCCAGUUGCCGGCUUAACUGCCUCUUAUGAAGGAGUUCACCACCCUCUGUAUGUGGAGAACAAGGUCCUUGCUGACUGCAACAGAGGGUGUAGCUGCUCAACGAACUCCUGGGAUCCAGUGUGUGGAGACAAUGGCCUAGCAUACAUGUCCGCCUGCCUCGCAGGCUGUAAGAAGUCUGUUGGAACAGGAACCAACAUGGUGUUUCAAAAUUGCAGCUGCAUCCGGUCAUCAGGAAAUUCAUCUGCAGUCCUGGGGUUAUGUAAAAAAGGCCCUGAGUGUGCUAAUAAACUACAGUACUUUUUAAUCAUGUCAGUAAUUGGCAGUUUCAUCUACUCGAUCACAGCCAUACCUGGGUAUAUGGUUCUUCUGAGGUGUAUCAAGCCUGAAGAGAAGUCGCUUGGGAUUGGAUUACAUGCAUUUUGCACAAGAGUAUUCGCUGGCAUUCCGGCACCCAUUUACUUUGGCGCUUUGAUAGACAGAACCUGUUUACAUUGGGGAACCCUGAAAUGUGGUGAGCCCGGGGCAUGCAGGAUGUACAAUAUAAAUAACUUCAGGCGCAUUUACCUAGUGUUGCCUGCAGCUCUUAGAGGAUCAAGCUAUCUCCCUGCACUCUUCAUUCUGAUACUUAUGAGGAAAUUCCAGUUCCCUGGGGAAAUCGACUCUUCAGAAACUGAACUUGCAGAGAUGAAGAUCACAGUGAAGAAAAGUGAGUGCACAGAUGUGCAUGGAAGUCCUCAGGUCGAGAAUGACGGAGAACUGAAAACGAGGCUGUAAUGAGUUUUCUACUGCCCUGUGCAAGAUCAUGAACAGAAUGCAUACUUCAUGUCCUUUGCGUCACGAGAAGCACUAGAGCAACUCUUUGAUGCUCUCAGAUGCACUCUGGCAUUCAGGUGCAUCAAGUUGUGUGUCGUUUCAUGCUGCUACUUGGGGUAUUUUAGGAGUAUUUUUCUAAAAUAUAUCAGGGCUGGAUACAGUGUAAGAUAUUCUCCAAAGGCCACUGUCUCAUCCUCAGGAGGUCUCUAAUGUUCAGUGUUCAUAUUAUUCAUGUGUCCUCAGAGCACAUGGCUACUAACUUUCAAAAUCAACUUAGGGUAAAACCUUUAAGGAGGGGACAGUUAAAUAUCUCAGUGGAGAGGUGUGCUUUCUACCAAGCCUGACAAGGUGGGUUUGAUCUCUGGGACCAACAUAGUAGGCCAGAACCAACUUUUUCCAGUUGAUCUUCUCCCUUUACUCCUGUACUGUGGUGAAUAUGUCCUACCACAAACAAACAAAUAAAAAAUUUAGAAAGUA